CCAGGGGCCGCCCGCCGACCCUCCCCCUCGGUCGCCCCGCCCUUCCCGCCGUGGCGCUGAGGAGGGCGGGGAGGCCCCUCGGGUCAGUCUCAGCCUCCGGCACCGGCGGCGCAGCUGGAGGCGGUGGAGCCGGAGACCCAGCCAUGGCUGCAAUUCGAAAGAAGCUGGUGAUUGUAGGGGAUGGUGCCUGUGGGAAGACCUGCCUCCUCAUCGUCUUCAGUAAGGAUCAGUUUCCAGAGGUCUAUGUCCCAACGGUCUUCGAGAAUUAUAUUGCGGACAUAGAGGUGGAUGGGAAGCAGGUGGAGCUGGCUCUGUGGGACACUGCAGGGCAGGAAGACUAUGAUCGUCUGCGGCCUCUCUCCUACCCGGACACUGAUGUCAUCCUCAUGUGCUUCUCCAUCGACAGCCCGGAUAGCCUGGAAAACAUUCCUGAGAAGUGGACCCCGGAGGUGAAGCACUUCUGCCCUAAUGUGCCCAUUAUCUUAGUGGGCAAUAAGAAGGACCUGAGACAAGAUGAGCACACCAGGAGAGAGCUGGCCAAGAUGAAGCAGGAGCCUGUUCGAUCUGAAGAAGGCCGGGACAUGGCGAAUCGGAUUAGUGCCUUUGGCUACCUUGAGUGCUCAGCCAAGACUAAGGAGGGGGUUCGGGAGGUAUUUGAGAUGGCCACUCGGGCUGGCCUCCAGGUCCGCAAGAAUAAGCGCCGGAGGGGGUGCCCCAUUCUGUGAGAUCCCGCUGCCUCCAGUUUGCCCCCACUUCACAAGGGUAUAUAAAUAACCCACCCACCUGACCUACACCCUUAGGAUUCCGAGCUGAAGGCACUCUUUUUCAGUUUCCUCUUGCCCAGGACUGCACUGAGUUUCCCAGCCCUGAGGUAGUGGUGGGCCCUCCCUUCCUCCCUCUGGGAACCAGGCCUGUGCCCUGUCCUUCCUGAGCAGAGGUCCUGCCCCUGCUGCCUUGGUCCAGAGGUGGGGUUCCUGCUCCGUUUGGCCUUCCCCAGAGAACAGUCACACACCAGCACUUUAUACACUUCUGGCCCCUAAAAGCAGGUCUAAAGUAGGAGAUAGGUUUCUGCUCUGGACAGAGGCCUUUGUGAUUUCCCUUGGUGGGGGGCAUGAAUAAAAGUUGCAGGUUCCAA